GGCAUCGCGCGUGCGCACCUCCAUUCGGUUCCCAGCUACGAUGAACCACUGCCAGCGUUUCUGAGCGAACUACAGAGAUCGUAUUCCUUAUAGACAGGGUCCUGAACAGCAGUGCCAAUGGGAGCGGGCCAGAAGAAGAAGGGCGAUCCCUUGCGGAUUCAGAUCGGCGGCAUUGAGGGCCGGCAAAAGCAGCCCCUUAACCGGGUGACCACCACCAAGUACACUUGGCUCACCUUCCUGCCCCUCAACUUCUACGAGCAGUUCCGGCGAGCCGUCUACUUUUACUUUUUGAUCAUCACAAUCGUUUCCUUCUUCGUGAAUGAAACCAUAUCGCCGUAUGUCUCGCUGAUUCCCCUGCUGUUCGUCAUGGUCAUCACGGCUCUAAAAGAGGGCUUGGAGGACCUAUCGAGGUCGAAAAGUGACAAGCUCGUAAACACAGCCAGAGUCACUGUCAUCCGAAAUGGAAAAGAAGAGGUCAUAAACUCCCAGUUUAUCGUACCAGGCGACCUUGUGGUUGUGCGAAACGAUGGCGAUUUGCCGUGCGACCUCGUGCUGCUCCAAUCAUCUGGAGCGGAUGGCAAAUGCUUCGUGACGACGGCCAAUCUGGAUGGGGAGACCAACCUGAAGACCAUAUCCGUGCCGCCGAACUACGUGCUUUCGCCCAAGGACGGACUCCCGGGCAAGGACUUCAUCGUGUGCGAGCCUUCCACCAGCGAUCUCUACAGCUUCAAUGGCCGUCUGGAGCUGGGAGCUGGAGCUAGCGACGCCCUGCCCCUCACCAUCGAGAACCUCCUGCUGCGCGGAGUCCGGGUGAAGGGCACCGACCGAGUGGUCGGAUGCGCCAUCUACACCGGAAUGCACACGAAGCUUCAGCUGAACAGCCGCUACACGGGCAACAAGUCGGCCUCGAGUGAGAAGUACAUCAACAGGUUCAUGGUGGCACUCAUCGUGGGCAUGGUGGUGGUGGUGGUCGUCUUGUACCUCAUCGAACGUCACAAGGAGACGAAGGUUGUGCCAACCAUGCCCUAUCUGGGUCCUCCCACCAAUUUCAACUCCGCGUUGCAAAUUUUCGAGGACUUCCUCUCGUUUCUGCUGCUCUUUAACUACAUGGUGCCCAUCUCCGCCUACAUGAACAUCGAACUGUACCGCAUCUUUGGGAUGUACUUCAUGCACAACGACCUGAAGCUCUACGACGAGGACACCGACCAGCCUUGCCGAGUCAACGCGUCCAAUCUGAACGAGGAGCUGGGCCAGGUCAACAUCCUCUUCUCCGACAAAACCGGCACUCUCACCAAGAACCUCAUGAAGUUCGUGAAUUGCUUUGUGUCGGACAAGGAUUUUCAACUGCAGAAUACCCAUCUCCUCUGCGAAGCCACAGGCGAACAGUUUGACCUGGAAAAGCUAGAUACGGAAGCAACAGUAUUCUUCGAGGCGCUGGCCGUGUGUCACACCGUGGAAGUGCUCCAGGAAGUGGGGGAAAAGGCUUUGGAGCCGCCAGAGACCGUAUCAGAACGAAGCCACCUCAUGAGUAACAGCAUUGUGGACCGGUAUCAGGCGUCCAGUCCGGACGAAAAGGCGCUGCUCGAGGGCUGCGCCAACCUUGGUCUUCUGUACAAAGGACGAGACAAUAAUAUCCUGCGCAUCUGCCGGUAUCCAAGUGCUGAGGAGCUGCAGUUCGAGCGACUCCACGUCCUGGAGUUCAGUUCGGAGCGGAAGCGGAUGAGCGUCGUACUUAGGGAUCGGAGUGGCACCAUCUGGCUUUACUCCAAGGGAGCGGAGAAUGCCAUCUUUCCGCGGUGCAAGGCGUGUCCUCUUCUGAAGCAAGCCGACGAGCAGAUAACCAAGUAUGCCCAGAAGGGUCUUCGCACUCUGGCCGUGGCCCGACGCACCCUGACCGAGGAAGAGUUCGGAAACUUCGAGGUGCUCUACCGGAGGGCCAACACCCAGCUAAGCAACCGCAAUGAACUAAUAAGGGAAUGCUACGAAACGGUUGAGAUUGAGCUUGACCUGCUCGGCGCCACUGCCCUGGAAGACGCUCUGCAGGAGAAGGUGGGCGAGACCCUGGAGGCUCUGCAAGCGGCUGGUCUGAAGAUCUGGGUGCUCACCGGGGACAAAGUGGAGACGGCCUACAACAUCGGCCUCGCCUGCCGACACAUCCCGCCGGGAUCGAAGCAGCACUUCAUCGUCGACGUCACUGGGCCGGAGGAGCUGCUGGCCCGCCUGCAGGAGAUAGACGCCGCUGAUCCGGAGGUCCUGGUGGUGGACGGGACGUCGAUCACCGCCCUCCUCACACACACGCCCAGUCAGUUCGCCGAUCUCGCCCUGCGCUGCCGGGCGGUACUCUGCUGCCGGCUGAGUCCGCUGCAGAAGAGCGAGAUCGUGACGCUGGUCAAGCGCCGCAAGAAGCACAUCACGGCGGCCAUCGGCGACGGGGCCAACGACGUGUCCAUGAUCCAGGAGGCCCACAUCGGCAUCGGGAUAGCGGGCCGCGAGGGAAAGCAGGCCGCCCGGUGUGCCGACUUCGCCAUCGCCCGCUUCGAGAUGCUGCGCCGGCUGCUCCUCGUCCACGGGCACUACAACUCACGGCGGCUGGCGUUCCUGGUGCUCUUCUACUGCUACAAGAACAUCAUCAUCACCGGCUGCAUGGCACUCUUCCAGCUGUACAACCUCUUCUCCGCCACCAACGUCUACAAUUCGCUCUACCUCUGGCUCUUCGACUUGGUCUACAUCUCGUUCAGCUUCACAUACCUGGCCUUUUCCGAUAAGAAGUACAGCGAGGAGACGCUGCUCAGCCAUCCGGAGCUAUACAAGCGAAUCGCCCACAACCGACAAGCGUCGAUGGGGGUUUUCUGCCUUUGGAUCCUCAACGGGUUUGUCCAGUGCUUCACAAUCUUUUACUUCACCUACGCCGUGCUCAACGACCAGAACGUCCUCUUCAACAUGGGACAGCCUGCCAGCUUCCAGACCUUCGGCACCAUGCUCAUCACUGUUAUCGUGAUCGUGGGCAACCUGAAGCUGCUCCUGGUGGCUCGCUACAUGUCCUAUCUGAACCUCGCCCUGAUCUUCGCCUCCAUUGCCGCCUUCAUGUUGACCACAUACCUCUACAACCUGGUCCAGAGUGGGGAGCUCUACGACGUCUACAACCAGUUCCUGGCCUCGCUCCCCUUGUGGCUGUUCACGAUAGUCUGCUCGGCGGCUUGUCUGCUGCCCGACUUGGUCGUUAGGGUCGCAAAGGAAGUGUUUAGGAAAACGCCGCCCGCAGGCAAGUCAGCAGCAUAAGAAAUGUAUCCCGAAAAUUAACCACUCGAGUUUAUAGAAGCAAUAAAAACAAGUACAAAAACCGGGUAAAAUGCUAAUAGUUACAAACAAACUUGUUAAGAACUUUAAUAAAAGCAUCUAGUUUAAAAAUGGGGUAAAAAUCGGUGUCUUUGGUGAAGUUUAA